CAUAUUCUGCAGAAAGAAUGUCCAUGGCGGCUCGCUGGCGGCGCUGAGGCUCGUCGGGCUCUUCUCCUCCCACUGAAUGUAACAGAAAUAACAAUAAUCUUAUUAAUUAAUAAUAAACAUGGAUGAACACCCCGUAGGAAUGUCCUCGCAUGCUAAUCCCAGCGGCCCUUUGCUGGGCCCGGGGAACAACGGCAACGGCGUUAACAACAACGGCGGUGUUGGCGGCGGGGUCCGGCAGCCGCCGCAGCCGCCGGGUCAGCAGGAGGAGCUGCAGCGGCCCCAGUACACCAUCCCCGGGAUCCUACACUACAUCCAGCACGAGUGGGCCCGCUUCGAGAUGGAGCGGGCGCACUGGGAGGUGGAGAGAGCGGAGCUACAGGCUCGGAUAGCAUUUUUACAAGGAGAAAGGAAAGGUCAGGAAAACUUGAAGAAGGAUCUAGUAAGAAGAAUAAAAAUGUUAGAAUAUGCUUUAAAACAAGAAAGGGCAAAAUAUCAUAAAUUAAAAUACGGGACAGAAUUGAAUCAAGGUGACUUAAGGAUGCCAACAUUUGAAUCAGAUGAAACCAAAGACACGGAGGUGCCACCUGUACCUCAGAACAGUCAGUUGACUUGGAAACAAGGCAGACAGUUACUCAGACAGUAUUUACAGGAAGUCGGUUACACAGACACAAUUCUAGACGUUCGAUCACAAAGAGUGCGAUCGUUAUUAGGCCUUACUGGCUCUGAGCAGAAUGGCUCAGUUGAGUCCAAAAAUCUGGAACAGAUUCUUAAUGGGGGAGACUCACCAUCUAAGCAAAAAAUGCAAGAAGUUAAAAGGAAUGCUGGAGAUAAGCCGAGAGGUGGCUUAGCUGAGGCUGUUCUUGAAACAUUUAAUUUCUUAGAAAACACAGAUGAUGACAGUGAUGAUGAUGAAGAAGAAGGUGAAAUGGCAGAAGAUAUCACAGACAGCAAAGAAAAGCACAGAAUAAACAAGAAACAUAAAAUCGGUAACGAGGGGCUAGCUACUGACUUGCCUGAUGACACUGAAGAGGCUUUGAAAGAAUUUGAUUUCUUAGUAACAGCUGAAGAUGGUGAAGGAGCUGGGGAAGCUAGAAGCUCUGGGGAUGGAACAGAAUGGGACAAAGAUGACUUCUCACCAUCUUCGGAGGUUUGGGCUGUAGACAAGGUACUAAUAAGUAAACUGAAGGAACAGUACAUGAAGGAGCGGAAGGGCAAGAAGGGGGUCAAGAGGGUAAACAGGUCAAAACUUCAGGAUAUGAUUGCAGAUCUUAGAGAUGAUGAGCUGCCUCACAUGCCAUCUGGAACCAUGAUUCAGUCUAGACCAAUCCCUUCCAGACUGGCUGAUCAUGACAGCUCAAGAGCAGAAGAAGCUGAGCCACUAACAUUUCCAUCUGGAACUGGGAAAUCAUUUAUUAUGGGUCCAGAUGAUGUGCUGGAAAGUGUUUUGGGCCUUGGUGACCUUGCAGACUUGACAGUAGCAAAUGAUGCAGACUUCAGUUAUGAUUUACCGGCUAAUAAGGAUGCGUUUAGGAAGACAUGGAACCCCAAGUACACACUACGGAGUCACUUUGAUGGAGUACGUGCAUUAGCUUUCCAUCCUGUAGAGCCUGUGCUGGUUACAGCCUCUGAAGACCACACCCUUAAGCUCUGGAAUCUACAGAAAACUGUCCCUGCCAAAAAGAGCACCUCAUUAGAUGUGGAGCCAAUAUAUACAUUUAGAGCCCAUAUUGGACCCGUGCUUUCUUUGGCUGUCAGUUCUAAUGGUGAACAGUGUUUCAGUGGUGGAAUUGAUGCAACAAUACGAUGCUGGAACAUGCCAAGUCCCAGUGUUGAUCCAUAUGAUACAUAUGAUCCAAGUGUCAUAUUAAGUACAUUGGCCGCCCACACUGACGCAGUAUGGGGUCUUUCGUUUAGUGGUAUAAAGAACCGGUUGCUGUCUUGUUCAGCAGAUGGCACUAUUCGGUUAUGGAAUCCAGCUGAGAAGUCUCCUUGCCUCAGUACUUAUAAUGUAGAAAGGGAGAAUGGAAUCCCAACAUCUGUUGACUUCGUAGGUGCUGAUCCGGCGCAUAUAGUGGGUUCCUUUAAUAGUGGCAACACAGUCAUUUAUGAUAUGGAAACUUCUCAGUCUUUGGUGAUGCUGGCAUCACAGGUGGAUGCUGUGUCUCCUCUAGCCAAUCAAAUAAAUAAAGUUGUCAGUCAUCCCACAUUGCCCGUUACUAUCACGGCUCAUGAAGAUAGGCAUAUUAAGUUUUUUGAUAAUAAAACAGGUAAACUGAUCCAUGCUAUGGUCGCUCACCUGGAUGCUGUUACUAGUCUAGCAGUGGAUCCUAAUGGAAUCUACUUGAUGUCAGGAAGUCAUGAUUGUUCUAUUCGCCUAUGGAACUUGGAUAGCAAGACAUGUGUUCAAGAAAUUACUGUCCAUCGAAAGAAAUGUGAUGAAUCUAUUUAUGAUGUAGCCUUCCAUCCAUCAAAGGCCUAUAUUGCUAGUGCAGGAGCUGAUGCCCUUGCCAAGGUGUUUGUGUAACAAUUGCUAGAACACGUUAGUCCCAAAAUAGCAGGUGAGCUGGAAACAAACAGGAAUUGCUACACUGCCAUUAGUUACCCGGUUAUCAUACAACACUAAGUACUGGUCUGUUCUCCCUGGGCAGUGGUUUCCUGAUAUCUGUUAAGGGCAGGUGCUUACUGAUCAGGUAUCACCAGAUCCUUGAAUAAUGUCAGGCUGACUAAUUUUAAUUACUGUAAUUAAAAAAGAAACAAACCAGUAUUUGUAGCCUUGACUGGAUUUAAACUGAGCUAAUUUACUGUUAUGUAGGUGUAUUCAAAGUCUUGUGGAAUUUAUUCUUACAGCAGUAAAUACUUUGGGCUCUUGUCCUGCCUGAUGGUUAGGACUAUGGUACAGUGGUGGGCAGCAAGCUUAAAGUUGAACCAUAGAAUGUCAUCCUUCAAUUCCUUUAUCAGUUUUCCACCACCAAACAUACUUUUAAUCAACUUUCAGCAUUAUAAAGAAAAUAGAAAUUAAAUAUAUUUUAACCUUAGUUUUACAGUAUUUUUGACAGGAUGUCUAGUUUUUAUAUGUCUUUUGUAUAAUUUUCCUGUCAGAAUAAUGCUCCAAACAGGGUUAAUACUAUGUUUCAUUGGCUUAAAACCCAGUAAAAUCUUCACUGAUCCACUAUUAUGUAACUGCAUCGUUCCCUUACCCAGCUUAAAGGAAACAAAAUCCUCAGUGAAUCCUUCCACGUGGAUGCUAUUUUAACAUCACUAUAAAAGCUGUUAAGUGUAAUCAUUGAAAACUGUAAAAUGUGUUGGAAUUAAACACAGAGGGUUUAACACCCAUAAUUAACUCUUUUAAAUAAAAUUACAGCAUCCUAUCACUAUGUGAUAUUUUGUACAUCUUAUUGUAUUUACAAGUUUAUUUAUCAAGGGUUAACCAUCUUAAUGCUAUUGGCCUACUGUUAUUUAUUUCACUUUUCUGUUGGUCUUUAUAUCCUUCAUGUAUUGUGUGUUAACGGGCCUUGUAUAUCUUUGUCUAACAUGGGACUCUUGCAGAAGACUAGCAAGCUCUAAAUAUAGGUUUAAAGUGGAACACUGUUUAUAUCACAGCCCAGGAUUUCCUGUCAGAAUACUUGCUUUAGGGGCUUGCCCUAAUUCCGUGAAACUGAAGAAUUUGUGUGAAAUCCGGAGUGAAAAGGUUUUAUUUUGGAUUAAAUAUAGAAAACUGAAAUGGCCAAAUCAAGAUUCAGAAAGCUGCUGUAUUUGAUCUAGCUAUCCCAGAUUUUCAAAGUGCUUCAGUUAAUGGUGUAACUAAAGAUUUUGUUUGUGUAAUGCAUGAUUAAUACAAUAAAGUAUUUUUUCUAGUCUUCCACAAAGAUUUCUGAUGAGUUUGCAAGUUCUGAUGAGUUUUGUAAGGUUUUUGUUUUACAAUACAUGAUUAAGUAAAUUUGUAAGAUUGUACCACAUAGCUAAAAUACAGUUCUUUAAAAGUAAUGUAUAUAAAAUGCAUAUAAUAAAUAUUAAAUGGUGUACCUGUAAAUUAGUGUUUGUUAUUACAUUACUUGAGUUGUAUAGCUUCAAAAAUGCCGCCUUAGUAUUUUGUGGAAUUCAGAGUAUCCUUAAUUGUCCUAAUGAUGUAAAAUAAG